AUGCAUGGAAUUAAAUAUCCUGAAGAAGCUGAUACAUGUCGAUGUGAAGCACGAGAUAAUGGUUAUAUUACAUUUAAUCUUUCAUUAACUGAAGCUCUUCGUCAUACACAAGCAUUUGUUAAAAAAGUUUUACGUUUAUCACCUGUUGUACCUGUUAUUAUUCAUUCAACAUUACAAGAUUUUAAAUGGCGUAAUUUUCAUAUACAAAAACGUACAUUAUUUGGAGCUAAUGUAUUUGCAUUACAUCAUUCAAUUGCAUGGAAAGAAUCAACUAAAUUUGAUCUUACACGUUGGCUUGAACAAGAUGCAUCAAUAAUUCCAAUUCAUAGUUAUUUACCAUUUGAUAUUGGUCCACGAACAUAUAUUGCAGAAAAAUAUUUUUUUAACUUAUUAACGGACAUAUUUGCCGUACUUUUAUAUUAUAAUGAUUUUGACAAAGCUGGUUCAUUACCUGAACUAACUAAAGGUACAUUUGAUUUAACUAAUAUGCCACCUAAAUAUUCACUUAAAGCUACACCUCUUAGUACACAUUCAUAA